AUGUACAGAGAUUAUGAGAACAACCCUAACGCAAAGCCUGACCCUAACGCCAACCCUGACCCUAAUGCAAACCCUAACCCCAACGCCAACCCUAACGCAAACCCUAACCCCAACGCCAACCCUAACCCCAACCCUAACACCAACGCCAACCCUAAUGUCAACCCUAACGUAAGCCCUAACGUGAGCCCCAACCCUAAUGCCAACCCUAAGGUCAACCCUAACGUCAGCCCCAACCCUAAUGCCAACCCUAACGCAAACCCUAAUGCCAACCCUAACGUGAGCCCUAACCCUAAUGCCAACCCUAACGCAAACCCUAACGCCAACCCUAAGGUCAACCCUAACGUAAGCCCCAACCCUAAUGCCAACCCUAACGUGAGCCCUAACCCUAAUGCCAACCCUAACGCAAACCCUAACGCCAACCCUAAGGUCAACCCUAACGUGAGCCCCAACCCUAAUGCCAACCCUAACGCAAACCCUAAUGCCAACCCUAACGUGAGCCCUAACCCUAAUGCCAACCCUAACGCAAACCCUAACGCCAACCCUAAGGUCAACCCUAACGUAAGCCCCAACCCUAACGCAAACCCUAACGUGAGCCCUAACCCUAAUGCCAACCCUAACGCAAACCCUAACGUCAACCCCAACCCUAACGCAAACCCUAACGCCAACCCUAACGCAAACCCUAACGUCAGCCCCAACCCUAACGUCAGCCCCAACCCUAACGUCAACCCCAACCCUAACGUCAGCCCCAACCCUAACGUCAGCCCCAACCCUAACGUCAGCCCCAACCCUAACGCAAACCCUAACGCAAACCCUAACGUCAACCCCAACCCUAACGCAAACCCUAACGUCAGCCCCAACCCUAACGUCAGCCCCAACCCUAACGUCAGCCCCAACCCUAACGUCAGCCCCAACCCUAACGCCAGCCCCAACCCUAACUGUAAAUAA